AAGAGAGCAAGGAAGAGACGUGGAUGAGACAUCUUUUUCUCGCUCCCACAUACGGGUGACCUUGGUGUAGAGCGAUAGUCUGUUGGCGCUCUAAGAAUGGUUGUUCGGUUCAUUUCGUGCGCUAUGUGCAGUAGCCAUUAAAUGUUCGGUCAUCGUUUCUGAACGCAUCGUAUUUCUAGUCAAAACUGUCAAGUGUCACUGUCAGCGAUAUGCCAAUGUCAAAAACAGAGCCGAGCCGGUUACACUUGGGUUAUACACUUGUUUAUAUUUAUUUUAAGAGUUGGUUUAAAAUAAUUCUUUCUAAUUGCUACUAGUGAAUAAGAUCAACAUUUAUUUAAAAGGUGAUUUGUUCCACUGCCGCCAUGUAUCACUGUGGAAUUCGUCAGCUGGAAGAAAGGCAUGUGGCCAACCAAGUUGAUCUCAUGGUUUGGAGCAAUAGACUUGAUUUGUUAGCGUUAAGUAACUUUAAAGGUGAAGUACAAGUACAUAGACUUAUAAGCUGGCAAAAAGUGUGGACAUUAUCUCCACCUAAAGAAAACGUUACUGUACAAGCUUUGGCCUGGAGACCAGACGGAAAGGCAUUAGCAAUUGGCUACAGUUCAGGCAGUGUCCAUAUAGUGGAUAUAGAAGACAAAGAAAUUCUCGACAAGUAUGAUUUGGAGCAGGAGCUGUCGGAAGAGUUUGAAGACUCAAAGCAUUAUGGAAUAACUUGCAUCACAUGGGCAGUCAGAGCUACUACUUUGGAAAGUGCAACGGAAUAUAAUAUCUAUGCUGAUGCAUUAAUAUUUCUCCAAAAAACACCAUCUCUUAGCAGUGGCUAUAAGAAUCAGGCAUCAGAGGAUAAUGUUAAGGAUAUUAAAGAAAUGCAGGAGCAGACCCAACUCAACAUGCUGCUGGUCGGCUAUGGCACCGGACACAUCUACAUGAGUGUGUUCGGCAGAUACCCAUACGGAACUAUCCAUCUCACACAAAUUGCCAAAGACGAAUUUGGAGAGUUCAAAGUACUAGACAUAAAUCUCUCAGAGGAUUUUAGUAUGAUGCAAGUAUUUUACUUAGACAGAGCCACAAACAACCUUUAUGCAGCACUUAUCAACACAAGUGUGCUGUCGGCAUAUGCUGAGGAGAUAUUUGUUGUGGCGAAUAAACACAGUCAACUGACUCAGUUGGUGUCUCAUUUAGAUCAAACAAUGAUAUCUAUUACUGAAGCUUGGGAGCAUAUUUUAUUGGAAAUGGAUACAAAAAUGGCGUACUAUGCGGCAUCUGUUCCAGAGGGUGGAGUAUCGGCUGAUCUUCUGGAGCUGCUUAUGUUAGGUGUUCCCUCUGAUCAGCUGGAGUUGUUUCUACUGAAAGAAUUAACAGCAAAAGGGUUAAAAAAGUUAGGGAGCUCAGUUGAACUGAGUUACUCUACCAUUCAAAAAUUGGUUCUGAAGCAAUUGAACAUUGUUGGACAAAGCCUGACCUACUACCUGGCUGAGCUUAGGGGCUUGGCACGGAUACCUGAUCGAUAUAAGAUACUCGGGCUCGAGGAAGCCACGGUGACGGAGGCCAUCCGCGCGUGCUGCGCCUUCCUCAACAAGAGCCUCGAGCUGCAGCAGGUCAUCGACAUCUCCAUGCGCCACUACAAGGCCUUCUUCCGCUGGCUCUUCGUCGUCAUCGCCAGGUUGCUCGACGAACAAACGCCCAGCGAAAUCGUUAAAAUAACUCAGCAGGAACUCACACACCUUGCAGAAUUUCUGUACAACUUUGAUAAUGUCCAACUGGAAGGGAGCGAAACCGUGUCCGAAAAACCAGUGAAGUUCAACCUGGAAAGACUCGGGCAAUACCUCCAGGACCAAGACCUAACUAUAUUAACCGAUAACGAUGAUAAUCCCUGGCACAAAUUUCUCGCAGAGAAUGCGUGCUUGAUGAAGGAUAACGAGACCAUUUUCUCUAUGUCUGAAUUUAAAAAGUUUUCCCUGGUGCAACAACAAACGUUUCUGAAAAAUGCCAUCAAUAAAGUGUUUGACGUCUCCGAUAAAGAUACCGGCAAACACUUUUCAGUUCUCUACAAUCUGAGGUGUUACGAAGAUAAAACAAGUUCGCCUUCUCAGAAUAAUCUACGGGUAUCUCAAAUGUUUGACCCGGCGCAGCAAAGGUUCAUGAUGGCGUUCACCAACAACGCAAACGCAAGCGACGGAAUCUGUUUCAUGUCGGUGGCCAUCAAGGAGAAGUCUUGUAACGCCUCAGCUAUCAAAUAUUACAUCACAUCCAGUCUGAUACGGGACCCGAACAAGGAACAGUUCGACGAGGAAAACGUAGCAGUACUGGACUUGCAGUUUUAUUCAGCAGAGUACCUGUCCGUGUUGAUAAAGCAUCCGUGCAACGGCGAAAGUACGAUAUUCGUGCAGCUGCCUCUAAAAAUAGCGCUGGAUAACGCGAACGAAUUCAACGUUAAAGCGAAGUCGUGUAUAUUUAAUGAGAAGAUAUCUCGGCGGAACAUCACGUCGCUGCUGGACCCGGGCAUCUACACGGUGCUGGAGAAGCUGGACGGCUGGCGGCUGGCCGUGUCGGGCGGGCGGCGCGUGGCCGUGGUGCUGGGCGCGGGCCGCCGCCGCGUGCGCGUGUUCGAGGUGGAGGCCGACGCCGACGACGACGACGACACGCUCGACUCCACGCAGCACUCGCUCUCCGCAACUAACGAUUCUUCAUACAGAAGUGAUCAAUAACACAGUUCUCUGUACACUCACUCAUAUGAAAUGAAAUGAAAUAUGCCAAAAAUUAGGCAUCUUUAAUUAAAAAAAAAUGGAUUCUAAUUUAAAUUAAAGAUUAAUUUCGGAAGUACCCAUAUGCUAAAAUAAUUUUAACUAUCCAUAUACACACACAUCUAUUAUAGCUUUUCUAGCUAUAAAUUAUUCUAAAAAGAACAUUCAGCAAUCUGAGGGAUGUUUAAAAAUAUUAAAAUCAAAUGAUUACAAGUUGCUGAUAUAAUUUAAUUAUUCUUACCUAACUAUCACAAUUUACAGUAAUAAAUUAAUAGUAUUAACGUUUGCCAAUCAACAUGAAACAGAAAUGAUCAACAAUCUACAUUAGUAAACAGCAAUAAGAAUGUCAUGCCAACUUACUGUUAUUUUGUAAUUGUUAAGAAAUACAAAAUUAUAGUUUAGUUGAGUAAAUUAUAUUAAACUGGCA